AUGAGUUUAAUGCCCCUCAACUGGUUCAUCCCCAUGAGCGUGACCUUCGGCGGAUGGCUCGGUGGCGGCCUCAGCUCGAUGGCGGGACUCUGGCAAGACACGCGGCCCAAGACACCCACGACAUCGACGGUGCGUAUCUGGGUCGGUAUGGACCCCAACCGGGAACAUCGAGAGAAAAGCAGUCUUGCGGGCAGACUUCCCAUGGCAAACCUGUACGAUGAGCGAGGGGACAGCUUGGGUGGUGCGUGGGCACUUGACCCCGAUAGACAGGUGCCCGAAGUUGUCAAGGACUGGAAUAGUGAUGCAGUAUGCAUGUCAGCAAUUGCCGUCAUGUUCCCGGACGGAGGCGAAGCUUCCAUACUCGGCGAUGUACCACAUGGCUUCUGCGGAUGGAGCGGCUACCCAUCCUUGACCGAGAUUGAUUUCGACGGUAAAGGCAGUGCGUACCGGCCUUUCUGCUUCUGGAUCGAUUUCGAUGACUCGUAUCGUGAUCAGUCCAAACCGUGGAAUCCCCGUGAUCAUCUUCCACUCGCCAUGUCCUUUCAUCUACCAGACUUCAAUGGUCAGAACGCGACCAAGCAGGCGUAUAACGACAACAAGGACCUCAUCUGCAAGAGCUCAGCCCGAAUGCAGGCACGUCGAUGUCUGGAAAGAUCCAUACCCAUCUUCGACCCUCCGCUGAACUACGGCAACCAGGCUGGAAACGAGGAUGAAGCCAACCAUCUGGACCCCACGGUCGUCCUUGACAGCGAAGUUGGCGACUGGCCGCAAACCAGAGGCGGACCUGGCCGCAUCAGGACAUGCAGCACCCCUCAACGUCGGAAGCGGGCAAGGAGAAAUAGCUUCGAAGGCCAGUGGGUGCACUCCCUCGAGAUCAACCCGAAAUUCAGCGCAACAGAAAUCUGCAAGAUGUCCGGUCUGCGGGGUCCGCACUACGCGAACGUCCACGAGGGCAAGUUCUGCAAUGUAGAAGAUCGGUCGGUCUGGGAUAUUUGCAACGAGCAGAUCAAGUCCAACUGCUUCGACCUUGAGCUGGAGGAGUUGCUGGUUCAGGAUGCAGUGCCGUUCAAUGCAUCGACCGACGGGCUUCUGCUGGCUGACCGGCCAAGGCCGAGACCAGUCAUGAAGCUCAACAAGCGGAUUGAUAUGACUUGA